CCGCGAAUUAAACUCCUUUAUCAAGAAUCAUCGUGGCGUUCGUUUACAAGCCGUCCCGUUUCACCCCCGUAUGAAUAUACGGUAUAUAUAAAGGCUGAAGUAGUGCCAAAGAAACGUUUAUAACGAUUUUUCUACCUUUAGUACCUUCAUUGUGGCAGAGGCACUCAAAGUAUGGGAGAGGUGAUCGAUUGUAAUUUUCCUGUGUGGGGCCUCUUGCCGAAAAAAGAAACCGGUGUCAAUCAGUUUCUCAUAAAAUAUCCUGAAUAUGAUGGAAGAGGUACCGUUAUUGCUAUUUUUGAUUCUGGAAUUGAUCCUGGAGCUCCAGGUUUGCAGGUGACAAGCGAUGGGAAACCAAAAAUCCUAGCACGUUUUGAUUGUAGUGGUGACGGUGAUGUUGAUACAAGUACUGUUGUUCAAUCAGAUGAAGGAUAUAUUACAGGUCUAACUGGUCGUAAAUUGAAGAUUCCAUUUGACUGGACAAAUCCAACAGGAAAUUAUCAUAUUGGAGUUAAAGAAGCUUAUCGUCUAUAUCCAACAAAACUUCGAGAAAAAAUUUCAGCGGAAAGAAAGAAGAAAUUCUGGGAUGAUGGUCACAAAGCUGCCCUUGCCGAAGCUACUCGAAAACUUCAGGAAUUCGAGGCAAAAACUCCAAAUCCAACCAGUAUACAGGAUAAAUUAACAAAAGAGGAAUUAGAAGCAAGAGUAGAGGUCUUGCAAAAUGGAGAAAAAAAAUAUAAUGACGUUGGACCCACAUACGACUGUGUUGUCUAUCACGAUGGCGAAAAUUGGAGGGCAUGCAUUGAUACAUCGGAAGAAGGUAACUUGGAGGAAGGGAUUCAUCUUGGAGAAUACUCGAUCACUCAUGAAUAUGCUCCAUUAACUCAACAAGAUCAAUUGAAUAUAUCCAUUAAUAUUCACGAUGAAGGAAAUAUUUUAGAAAUCGUUGGAGUAUGUGCAAGCCAUGGUACGCAUGUAGCAUCAAUUGCUGCAGCUAAUUUUCCAGACAACAAAGAAUUAAAUGGAGUAGCUCCAGGUGCACAAAUUAUUUCAUUGACAAUUGGUGAUAAUCGUAUUGAUCCAAUGGAAACAGGAACAGCUUUAGUCCGAGCAAUGAUUUGGAUCAUGCAAAAAAAUUACAAAGUCCACGUUAUUAAUAUGAGUUAUGGAGAACAAGUACAUUGGAGCAACUCUGGACGUAUUUUUGAUUUGAUGAAUGAGGUUAUUGAUAAGUAUGGAGUGACCUGGAUUGCAGCAGCAGGCAAUUUUGGACCGGCUUUAUGUACGAUUGGAGCACCACCGGAUAUUAAUUCGACAAACAUUAUCAGUGUUGGCGCUUAUGUAUCACCCGAUAUGAUGGUAGCAGAAUAUUCAUUACGAGAAAAAAUGCCAGGGAUGCCCUAUACAUGGUCGUCACGUGGUCCGAUGAUAGAUGGAGGUGCUGGUAUCACUGUUUGUGCACCAGGAGGUGCUAUCACAAGUGUACCUAAUUUUACAUUGAGAAAAAGUCAAUUGAUGAAUGGUACCAGUAUGGCUAGCCCACAUGUAGCUGGAGCAGUCGCUCUUCUUAUUUCUGGUCUAGAGAAAAAAGGCUGCCCUUAUUCACCUUACAGCAUUAAAAGAGCAUUGGAGAAUAGUGCAUUAUAUAUAGAAAAUCUAGAUUUAUUUGCUCAAGGAGCGGGUCUUCUUCAAGUUGAAAAAGCUUUCGAGAAUCUCGUUGCUAAUUGCCAAGCUGUCGAAAGAGAUGUCAGAUUUGCAAUCAAUUGUGGUGUAAACAACUCCAAGGGCAUUCACUUGAGGUCUGGCGUAAUUGAUAGACCGAAAGAUUGUGCUGUCACUAUUGAGCCGAUUUUUCUUGAUACUGAUAAUGUUGAUCCAUCUCGUAAAAUUAAUUUUAAUUUGCGAUUAUCGCUAGUUUGUGAAGCUCCAUGGGUACAAUAUCCAUCUCACUUUGAACUGAUGCAUAUGUCACGUGCCUUUACAGUGCGAGUAGAUGCAGUUAAACUAUCGGAAGGAGUUCAUUGUACUAACAUUCGAGCUUAUGAUGUGGAGAAUAUUGAGAAAGGUCCUGUAUUUACUAUACCUAUUACGGUCGUUCAACCUCAAGUUAUUCCAAAAUCGAUGAACUUGCCAGAUUUUCAUUACUCACAUGUACUCUUCAAGCCUAAUACAAUUGUUAGACAUUUUAUUUUGGUUCCUGAUGAUGCUACGUGGGCGGUAUUAAAAAUCAAAAGCACUGAAAAAGAAAAGACUGGAAGAUUUGCUAUUCAAACAGUUCAGUUAAAGCCUCGCUUGGCCUGUCGUACUCUUCACACUAAUAAAAUGGUCAAUAUUACAUCGCAAUCAGAAACCGUCCAAGGAUUUGCAGUUCAAGGUGGUCUUAUUAUUGAAAUUGUAGUUGCAAAAUACUGGGCUAAUCUUGGUGAAAUUUAUGUUGAUUACGAUAUUGAAUUUCACGGUAUUCAUGUAAUUGAUGGUAGUCUCAUAAUGCAAUCUGGAGAUGGUAUUCAUCGAAUGGAAUUACGAAGUUCAUUAAGGAACGAAGAAAUUGUUCCAAGUAUUACACUGAAAAAUAUAGUUCAAAUUUUGAGACCAACAGAUUCUAAAAUAUCGCCACUCGGUGCCCGAGAUGUUAUUCCUCCUGCUCGACAAAUUUAUGAGUUGCAAUUGACGUACACAUUCCACAUCGCAAAGGCAACAGAGGUAACUCCUAAUGCUGCUUUUCUUAGUGAUUUACUUUACGAAAGUGAAUAUGAAAGUCAACUGUGGAUGCUCUACGAUUGCAAUAAACAUCUUAUAUUCUGCGGUGAUGCUUUUCCAUGGAAGUACACAGUUAAAAAGUUAGAAAAGGGAGAUUACACUUUGAAAAUGCAUGUGCGUCAUGAAAAGAAAGAUUUAUUAGAACGAUUAACAGAUAUGGCAGUGUUGCUAAGCCAAAAACUUAGUUCAACAAUAAAUCUAGACGUUUAUGCUAAUCAUUCUCAAGCAAUCAUUGGCGGGAAAAAAAUGGUAGCAGCUACAGUCCCACCUGGGCAUACUCUUCCUGUUUAUAUUGCACCAAUGAACAAUGAAACUAAAAUAUCGAAAGGUGCAACUUUAGGAACUUAUCUCCAAGGAUCAGUAACUUUCUGCAAAGAUGAAGCGAGAAAGAAAGUUGAUUGUUAUACUUUCAAAUACGUGUUGACCGAGCCCGUUAAGAAAAGUCCUCCUGCAAAGCCUGAUGAUGAAAAAGUGACAAAGUGGGAUGAAUAUCAGGACACACUUCGAGAUAUAAAAUGCACGUGGCUAUCUAAACUUGAAGCAACAGAGCACGCGACUGCUCUCUACAAUGAGCUGAGAACAUCUUAUCCAGAUCAUUUACCAGUUCACACAGCCAUGUUAAUAUCUCUCGACUCAACAGAAGCACGACGCAUUCUUCCCCAUGACGAUCUCACUGAAACUGCCAUUAACUUUGCGGAUCAAAUGGUUGAUGUAGCUGAUAAAGUAAUAUCUGCAAUUGAUCAAGAAAAAAUAUUAGCCUUCUAUGGCAUGAAGCAUGAUCAAAGACCUGAUGCCUUGAAAAUCAAAAAUACAAUAGAUAAACAGAAAAAUUAUUUAAUUGAAGCAUUAGUAAAAAAAGGCUGUGCAUAUGCAAGAUUAUACAUACAUGCAAGAAAACGAGGAGAGACAGAAGCUUCAAUGCAUUUGUCUACUGUGACACAAAUUUGGAACGACGUUCAAAAGUUCACAGAAGCAACGGAUAGUAAAGUUUUAAUUCUUUCACUUUGGCAUGCACAUAUUAAUAAACAUUAUGGACGUUAUUUAAAAUUAUUGACUCGCUACUAUGAAGAUAAACCAAUAAAAGACAUUGACGAGAGGUUUGUAGAAAUUGCAAGGACGUUAGGCUGGAAUCAUUGGGCUCGUCAUAUAUCAUCCAGUUUACCAACUCGUUAUCCUAAAUCAUACAAACCAUUUUAAAAUGUGAUUUAAUGUUGGAAAUUUAAACUUUUAAAAAAUUUUUGUCGGUGAGUGUAGUGACAAAGUUACAGCGUUUUUACACUCAUGAUUUUUAUGAAAUUAUUCCCGACAAUGUGCUAAUUGUGUAAGCUCAGAUAUAACUCAAAUUUUAUAAGAAUUUUACAAUUAUCAAUUGUGUCUCUCGUGAUAUUGAUAGAAGUAUAUGGCAAUCACUUUUUACUGCCUUUUUAAAAA